UCCACUACAGUCGCAGCACACAACCCAACGAAUCAAUUCCGUAUGACAGCGCCUUUCCGCACCCAUUGGCCAUCUCAUUCUAAUCCGCUCGAAUCACACAACCCAAUAACGCAUCGAGAGGGAUAUCCGUCCAGUUAAAGAAUCAAUCUUCGCGCUUCGAAUCGUAGGAUUGUAAGAUUAUUAGCUCCAUUGAAUCUCGGGUAUCGGGGGAAAAGGGGAAGAAGAAAAGAAAAAAGUGGGAUCUCAAUGGGGACGGAGAACACGCGAUUAGAGAUCUCGGAGCCGCUAUUAUUGGAGCCCCAAGAUUCUAAGUCCGUGGAAUCUGAUGAUUUGGAGGAAAUCCCAGGAUGGAAAGAGCAGAUCACGAUCAGAGGGCUGGCUGUGAGCGCUUUAUUGGGGACUUUGUUCUGUAUCAUCACCCACAAGCUGAAUCUUACAGUGGGGAUCAUCCCGUCGUUGAACGUCGCCGCCGGGUUACUGGGUUUCUUCUUCGUCAAAUCCUGGACUGGGGUGUUGUCCAAUUUGGGAUUCUCCGUCGUACCCUUUACCAAGCAAGAGAACACCGUCAUUCAGACAUGUGUUGUGGCUUGCUACGGCCUCGCCUUCAGCGGAGGAUCCGGUUCUUAUAUGAUUGCAAUGAAUGAGAGAACAUAUAAACUAAUUGGCACAGAUUAUCCGGGUAACCGGGCAGAAGAUGUGAUAAACCCAGGAUUGACAUGGAUGAUCGGUUUUAUGUUUGUCGUUAGCUUCCUUGGGCUGUUCAGUCUUGUACCACUGCGUAAGGUGAUGGUCUUGGAUUACAAGCUUACAUAUCCCAGUGGUACAGCCACCGCUAUGUUGAUAAAUAGUUUUCAUACGAACACCGGAGCCGAGCUUGCAGGAAAGCAGGUACAUUGUCUUGGAAAAUAUCUAGGGAUAAGUUUCGUUUGGAGCUUUUUUAAGUGGUUCUUCAGUGGCAUUGGAGAUUCAUGUGGAUUUGAUAAUUUCCCCAGUUUUGGCUUGGAAUUAUAUAAGAAUACGUUUUAUUUCGACUUUAGUCCAACGUAUGUGGGUUGUGGCCUCAUUUGUCCUCACAUUGUAAACUGCUCUGUUCUUCUUGGAGCAAUUAUAUCAUGGGGGUUUCUUUGGCCAUUCAUUACUCAGCAUGCUGGGGACUGGUAUCCAGCCGACCUCAAGAGCAAUGACUUUAAAGGACUUUAUGGAUAUAAGGUCUUCGUAGCGAUUUCCAUCAUCCUCGGCGACGGUCUGUAUAAUUUGAUCAAAAUUAUAUCCCUUACUGUCAAAGAAAUUUACAAUAAAAGCACCACACAGAGUAACCUGCCUGUCAAAGAAAAGGCCACAGAUGGUGAGAGUUCUAAAUUGCUAGCGGAGCAGAAAAGGAAGGACGAGGUAUUUCUCAAAGACAGAAUACCGUCAUGGUUUGCAGCCUCGGGAUAUGUUGGCCUAGCAGCGAUAUCAAUAGCGACAAUUCCGAUAAUCUUCCCACCCCUGAAGUGGUAUCUGGUUCUUGGCGCGUACAUUGUCGCCCCUGCCCUUGCAUUCUGCAACUCCUAUGGCACUGGCCUUACUGACUGGAAUUUAUCGUCUACUUAUGGGAAGAUUGGUCUUUUUCUAUUUGCUUCUCUAGUCGGAAACAAUGGCGGGGUUAUUGCAGGAUUAGCAGCUUGCGGUGUUAUGAUGUCCAUUGUUUCUACGGCCGCUGAUCUCAUGCAAGACUUCAAGACGGGUUAUCUUACUCUUUCUUCAGCCAAGUCCAUGUUUAUAAGCCAGCUAGUAGGGACAGCCAUGGGCUGUGUGAUUGCCCCCCUUACAUUCUGGUUAUUUUGGAGCGCUUUCGACGUCGGUUUACCUGAUAGUCCAUACAAAGCCCCGUACGCCGUGAUAUUCAGAGAAAUGGCCAUUCUAGGAGUUCAGGGCUUCUCAGAGCUUCCCAAGUAUUGUCUAGCCAUGUGUUGUGGUUUCUUUAUUGCAGCUUUCCUCGUGAACCUUUUAAGAGACAUCGGUCCAAAGAAGAUAUCACCAUUCAUCCCGAUUCCAAUGGCCAUGGCUGUACCUUUCUAUAUCGGAGCUUACUUUGCCAUCGAUAUGUUUGUUGGGACCGUUAUCCUGUUUGUAUGGGAGCGGAUUAAUCGGAAGGAUGCAGAGGAUUACGCUGGAGCAGUUGCUUCGGGUUUGAUAUGUGGCGAUGGAAUAUGGACGAUCCCAUCAGCUGUGCUUUCUAUUUUAAGGAUCAAUCCACCCAUCUGCAUGUCCUUCAAGCCUACAAGUGGCUGAACUGCAAAACUGAAGCAGGGUCACAUUCUAAAUUAUAUAUCAGUAGAACAAGCAAGCAUUUGUGUUUCAGUUUGUAUAUACAGGUCCAUUGUCCCUUAAGUUUUAGGGUAGUCUUUAUGAUCUCAACCUUGAAUUUGAUGUACUUUGGAUGACUCUUUUUCACCCCCAUUUCAUUUUUAAAGCCAAAAUGCCAAAUAGUUCAGGUUCCUUUGUCUGAUAUAUUGAAGCUAUGCCAAACUUACUCAAUUCCGUGAAGUUUGUCCACGAAGAAAAAAACUGAAUUUCGCAGCCUA